GCGGAUCCAAUUCUAAAGAUAAAAAACAAAAGUGAGAGGAAGAAGGAGAAGGUGAUAGGAACAGGAGGAAGGAAUCUUACUUCCACAAAUCCACCUACCCAAAACGCUUCAGAGCGCAAAUCCAACGGUAUUGUGCUGCAUUUGUGUUCGACUGAAUUUGACAAACCCCACAACCCUCCACCGUCCGCUCUCGCAAACACAUGGCGAGCUCCUCCGUCGUCGCCUUCAACCCCCUAACAGGGCGGAGAGCGCGCCAAAUAGCAGCCGGAUUCUCGCCCAAAUCACGUCCAAGGCAAGUAUCAAGUCCAAAUUUUGGGAGUGUGAAUUUCCCAAAACCCCAAUCUGUAAAAUUCAAAUGCAACUACUCAAGCUUCGAAGUUAGCAAUGUCAGCUACCAACCGCCGGGGACUGAGCUCAGCCUCCUCAGUGAUGUUAGCCUUUCGCUUCCGGAGAAAAGCUUUGGCUUAAUUUUUGGGCGGAGCGGUAGCGGAAAGACUACUCUUGUGCAGCUUCUUGCAGGGAUGAGCAAACCAACUUCAGGUUCAAUUUACAUUCAAAAAUAUGGAAAUGAUGGCAACCCGGUUCAGUCUCCCGAACCCUUAUCAGCCGGAAGAGUUGGCAUUGUGUUUCAGUUUCCAGAGAGGUAUUUUGUGGCAGAUAAUGUGCUCGAUGAAGUUACAUUUGGGUGGCCAAGGCAAAAGGGUGAUCUUCAAAUGAAGGAGCAUCUUGCUCUGAGACUCCAAAGAGCAAUCAAUUGGGUUGGUUUAAGUGGCAUCUCAUUGGAUAGAGAUCCUCAUUCCCUAAGUGGUGGCUACAAACGUCGGCUUGCCUUGGCAAUUCAACUAGUGCAAGUCCCUGAUUUAUUGAUACUGGAUGAACCUCUUGCCGGUCUUGAUUGGAAGGCACGUGCAGAUGUUGUGAAGCUUCUCAAGCAUCUAAAGAAAGAAUUGACUAUACUAGUUGUCAGCCAUGAUCUCAAGGAGUUAGCAGCUAUAGUGGAUCGUUCUUGGAGGAUGGAGAUGGGUGGGGUUCUUAGGGAAGAGCCCCUACCCAUUUAAUUCCAGCAAUAUGCUGCUGCCUCUUGAUAAACAUUGUAUGCUGUGAGGUACAGUGAAUAGCUAUAGUGUUUGGAUUCGACUGGCUGCCUUGUUUAUCAUGUCUAAGCAUCUUCUGGACGGAGGAGGCAGCAGGACAAGGUUGAUGGCCCUGAAUAUUAGCAUCCUUCAUGAGCAUCUCUGGAAGUUAAUUGAUUAGGGAAGGGUAAAGCUGCUGUAGGCUUAGAGACAGAGUCAUUAGCCAUGCACGCGUACAUCUUUGAUUGGACCUUUUACAAGUGGGCUCGAUCAUUCCACAACGCAAACGAAGUACUGAAGGAAAAGUGAGGAGUCCUUGCAGAAAAUAUAUUCAUAGAUUGUGCAUGUAAACCGAUUUUUUAUUUUCACUUCUAAGCAUUGACAACGGAACCACGAAAACAGUGGAUAAAUACCUUGAAAGAAAGGAUGCUUGCUCUGGGACUAAACUGACAGCCGAAGAAGAAGAUGAAAAACUUAGAUGUUGCGUUUGGUGGUUUUUAACGAUCAAUGUAUGUAUCAAUGGCGAUUGAUUUGGUGUUCUAAUGAAAAGUUUGUGUGAAUUAGCAUAUGAUUUAUGCUUUAAUU